GCCAUAUAAAAGGCCCAACUACACGCAAUCAAUCGCUGUUUUCAUUCCAGUAGCAAAGACCCAAAGGGCUUAAAGCGUUUUCUGCUCAAAGUAAAGCAACACGUACAAUUCUUCAACCAAUUUCAAGGCGAAUUUGGUCGAGUGCUGCUAGUUAGAAGGAAAAUAAAGUGUCUGCCUACGCUCACAAGGUGAAAAAUUAUUGGCGGCGUGCUGUGAAAAAUUUAACGGCCAAAGCUGAAAAAAAUUGUCAAAGCGACAAAACCAUAGACGAAACCUUUCUUUAGACAAAGUCGUGUCACGCUAAUCUCCAAGGUUUUUACUUCCAGGUUUGUCUGUGUUGAUUAGUCUUAGAAUGACUGAAGCAAAGACCAUUGUUCUCGAGAACACUGCGAGAAGAGAUACCCUUAUCGGUAUUGAAAAGAAAUACCAGGCUCUCUGGGCUGAAGAGAAGCUCUUUGAGCAAAACGCUCCUACUUUGGAGGAGGAGAACGUCGAAAUCUCCAUCGAUGAGCUCCACAAGAAGUAUCCAAAGUUCAUGUCCUCCAUGGCUUAUCCUUAUAUGAACGGUGUCCUCCACGCUGGUCACUGUUUCACUUUGUCCAAGGUGGAGUUCAGCAUUGGUUUUGAACGUAUGAGAGGUAAGAGAGCAUUGUUCCCAUUGGGUUUCCACUGUACUGGUAUGCCAAUCAAGGCGUGUGCCGAUAAGUUGGUCCGUGAAGCUGAAAUGUUUGGUAAAGAUUACAGCAAUGUUCCAGCUGAGGAGGAGGAACCAGAGGCUGAGAAGCCAAAAGAACAAACGCCACAAGCCAAAUCUGAAGAUGGUAAGUUCAAAGGUAAGAAGACCAAGGCUGCUGCAAAGCAAGGUCGUGGUAAGUACCAAUUCGAGAUUAUGCUUCAACUCGGUAUCCCAAGAGAAGAGCUGUACAAGUUUGCCGACCCAUACUACUGGCUCGAGUACUUCCCACCUCUCUGUCAAAGUGACUGUGAGAAGUUCGGUGCCAGAAUCGACUGGCGUCGUUCCAUGAUCACCACUGAUAUGAACCCAUUCUACGAUCAAUUUGUUAGAUGGCAAGUUCAAAGAUUGAAAGAUAUCGGUAAGAUCAAAUUUGGUGAGAGAUACACCAUCUACUCUGAAAAGGACGGUCAACCAUGUAUGGAUCACGAUAGACAAUCCGGUGAAGGUGUCACUCCACAGGAAUACGUUGGUAUCAAAAUUCAAAUUACAGAGUUCUCUGAUCCAACCGUUGCUGAAUCUCUCGACAGCUCUAAACCUGUUUACUUAGUGGCUGCUACUUUACGUCCUGAGACCAUGUACGGUCAAACUUGUUGUUUUGUUUCUCCAAAGAUUGAUUACGGUAUCUUUGACAAUGGUAAGGAAUACUUCAUUACCACUGAGCGUGCUUACAAGAACAUGUCGUACCAAAAGAUCACUCCACAACGUGGUGAUUACAAGCCAACCGUUGUUGUCAGUGGUAAGCGUUUGAUUGGUUCUAAAAUCAAGGCCCCAUUGGCACAAUUCGACGAGUUGAGAGUCUUGCCUAUGGAGACUGUUCUCGCUACAAAGGGUACUGGUGUGGUUACAUGUGUUCCAUCCGAUUCCCCAGAUGAUUACAUCACCACCAAGGAUUUGCAGAACAAGCCAGAGUACUAUGGUAUCGACAAGGAUUGGGUUAGAGAUCCAGUGCCACUCAUUAAGACUGAGAAAUAUGGUAACAUGUGUGCUGAGUACUUGUGUAAGGAGCUCAAGAUUCAAUCUCCAAAGGAUUCCAUUCAAUUGGCUAAAGCUAAGGAGGCCGCCUACAAGGAAGGUUUCUACAGUGGUAUUAUGGAUGUCGGUCCAUACAAGGGCGAGAAGGUUGAAGUUGCAAAGCCAAAGGUUAAGGCUGAUUUGAUUGCUACCGGUGAGGCCUUUGUCUACUCUGAACCAGAGUCUCAAGUGGUUUCUCGUUCUGGUGAUAUCUGUAUCGUUUCUCUCGAAGACCAGUGGUAUGUUGAUUACGGUGAGAAGGACUGGAAGUCUCAAGCUGUUGAAGCUUUGGAAUCCAUGAACACUUUCACUACAGAGACAAGAAAUGGUUUCGAAGGUGUUUUAGACUGGUUGAAGAACUGGGCCGUUUGUCGUACUUACGGUUUGGGUACCAGAUUGCCAUGGGACGAAAAGUACUUGGUCGAGUCUCUUUCAGAUUCUACCAUCUACCAAGCUUAUUAUACAAUCUCCCAUUUGUUGCACACCGACUACUAUGGUAAAGACUUGGGCAAAUUCGGUAUCACCCCAGAGCAAAUGACAGCUGACGUCUUUGAUUACAUCUUUUUACGUAAGGAAGACAUCAAGACAGAGAUCCCAUUGUCUGCCUUGCAAACUUUGAGAAGAGAAUUCGAGUACUUCUACCCAUUGGAUGUUUCUAUCUCUGGUAAGGAUUUGAUUCCAAACCAUUUGACUUUCUUCAUCUACACUCACACUGCUAUCUUCCCAAAGAGAUUCUGGCCAGCAGGUAUCCGUGCUAACGGUCACUUGUUGUUGAACAACAACAAGAUGUCAAAGUCCACCGGUAAUUUCAUGACUUUAGAGCAAGUUGUGGAGAAGUUCGGUGCUGAUGCUUCUCGUAUUGCAUUGGCCGAUGCCGGUGAUACUCUCGAAGACGCUAACUUUGAGGAGGCCAAUGCCAAUGCAGCUAUUUUGCGUUUAACCACUUUGAAGGAGUGGGCUGAAGAUGCCGUGAAGAACAUCGACUCUUUCAGAGAUGGAGAGUUCAACUUCUUCGAUAUUGCCUUCGAGAAUGAGUUGAACGACUUGAUCGAACAAACUUACACCAACUACGAAUUGACUAACUACAAGACUGCCUUGAAGACAGGUUUGUUCGACUACCAAACAGCUCGUGAUUACUACCGUGAAGCAUCUGCAACUAUGCACCGUGAUUUGGUUUUGCGUUACAUUGAAACACAAGUCUUGUUGUUGACUCCAGUUGCUCCUCACUUUGCUGAUUAUGUUUGGAGAGAGGUCUUGGGUAAGAAGACCACUAUUCAAAGUGCAUCUUUCCCAAGAGCCUCAAAACCAGUUGACUACUCCAUCCUUGAAUCCUUGGAGUACAUCCGUGGUUUGUCUCGUUCCAUCCGUGAGACUGAGGGUACCUUGAUGAAGAAGAAGAAGGGCAAGGGUGCUGAUGUUGACCAGUCCAAGCCUGUGAAGUUAACAAUCUUCAUCUCCGAAAACUUCCCAGAAUGGCAAAACGAUUAUAUCGAGAUUGUGCGUGAACUCUUUGAGAAGCAAUCUCUUAAUGACAACGCUGUGAUAAAGGAGAAGGUUGGUAAGGACAUGAAGCGUGCUAUGCCAUUCAUCUCCAACUUGAAGCAACGUUUAGUUAAGGAAUCUCCAGAUGUUGUUUUCAACAGAGAAUUGAACUUUGACGAAGUUGCAACAGUUAAGACCGCCAUCGAGACUAUCAAGCGUGCUGCUUCUGCAUUCAAGGUGCACGACGUGCAAGUCAUUUCGUUCAAGAACGGUACUAGAGUCGGUACUGAUAUCUUCACUGGUGAAGAGGUUCCUAUCACUAUCACUGGUAAGAUCAUUGACAGUGCAGUUCCUGGCCAGCCAGGCUUGGUGAUGGAGAACAUCUAGACACCUCAGAUCCUUUGGUACAUAGAGUAUGCUUUCUGGUGUAAUGAAAGUUUUAUUAAAGCAAGCCAGUACAGUGUAGGAGAGUACCACUAGUUAUUUAACAGCUAUGUAUACAGCCAUGGUCAUAUUUGAAGCAAGUAAUCUGUCCAUUACCCAACUAAUUAUAAUCAGAAUCUGUUUGGCGGGCUACAUACAGUUUAUCCUUUGUACUUGCGACUUGUUGGUGGUGAUGACCUGUCUAUCGGCAACGGCUUUGAGCAGAUACGCUGUUGCAGACCUUAUUUCUGCAGUAGUUCACGCAUU